AUUAUAACUAAAUAUUUGCAAUAAAAAAGAAAAAAAGACAUCAAAAACAAAGUGUACAACAGCAAUAAGAACAACAAUGGGUUUUGCACAAUUUCUAAAGGUUUGCCUUUUUGUCAUGUUUAAUAUAAACUGCUCCCUUGUUUAUGCUCGAAUAAGUUUUCAAAAGGACCAAAGGAUGGACUAUGUGUUUCCCCCACUGAUUGAGAAAUCUGUUGAUUCUAGAAUUCCUGAAGGACAUCUAAGACCACUCGGGUUUCAGCGACAUCCUGAUGGCAAAGUACAAGAAACAAAAGGAAUGCCCAGUCCGGAAUCAUUCUACAAAUAUAUUCAAGACAACCAGCCUGUAAUGAUGUCAGGAGCAAUGAAGAAUGUCCCAAUAGCUAAAACAUGGGAAAAAGAUGAUUACUUAAAGGAAAAGUAUGGGAAUAUAUCUGUGCCUGUGAGUGUGCGGAAACAACAAUUUCCAGGUCAAGUGAGAAUCGUUCAAAUGAAAUUCAAGAAAUUCCUUCUUGAGUACAUGUAUGAAGACUGGUAUCUUGCAACAACCAUUCCACUUCAAAUGGCUAGUGAACUAACUAUUCCUCAAUGUCUCAGUUGUGGAUCUUAUUUCCACCGUCUGCUUGAGUCUGAGUUAUGGAUUAGCAGUGGUUUUGCCAAUACCCAACUACACAGUCAUUCCGAUCAUAUUCUACACUGUUUGCAGUUUGGACGUCGAGAUUUUAUUCUCAUGAAAAAGGAAUACAAGAAAAAUUUCGAAUUUGUGGAAGAGUAUCCCACAUCAAUUUCUGGUCAUUCUCCACUGGACAUGAACAAAAUAAACAUGUUCAAACAUACCAACUUUGCAAAAACCCCAUGGGUAUAUGCUAGUCUCUAUGGUGGAGAUUGUCUGUAUAUACCGGCUGAAUACUUGCAUCAGGUGAGAUCUUACGGAAGAGCCAUUUCCUAUACAAUCCACUUUUCGCCCUCUACUCAGUUUGAUCUAAGGGGCUGCUUUGGAGAUGAAGUCCAAAAAACAUUUAAACUUACAGAUGCCAAUUUCUUAUGGACAUUCACUGGAGGGCAUAAGCAACUAUCUAAUUUAAAAUUCAGCCCAGAAAGUUUCCAGAAACUUCUACAACUUUUGCUAGGAGCUGGAGACAGACUUUCUUUUCACCAGUUUGAACAUUUUUAUGACAUGGCUUUAAAGCAAGACAACAAAAGACCCCCUGCGUUGGAAGUCUUCUGGAAGAUGGCAAAAAAAGACAAAGAUUAUAUGACUCGUCAUGAAAUUGAUAAUUUUUCUCCUGACAAACUGAUGGUGGUCGUGAAAGUUCUCAAUUCUAGAUUCUCAAAAAAGAAAGAUGAACUUUAAAAUAAUACUUAAUCUCAGCCUGCCGCAUCAUCAUCAUCAUCAUCAUGAUUAUUAUUAUAAUUAUUAUUAUUAUUAUUUUAUUAUUAUUAUUAUUAUUAUUAUUAUUCUAUGUUUGACUUUUGC